AUGGAAGAUGGAUUUUUUAUAAAUGAUAACUUCCUAGCAGAUGGUGGAAAGUCUAUUUUAUUUGCCGUUAUGGACGGACAUGGUGGAAAGGAUGUAGUUGAAUAUGUGAAAUAAAAUUUUUCACGAGUAGACUAAUUAUUAAAAUAGAAUUGCAGAUCUUAAGAUAUCGGCUCAACUGCUUGUAUAGGUUUUAUUCGUUUAGAAGAAGCAAAAAGAGUACUAUAUAUUUCAAAUGUAGGUGAUACUUCUGCGGUAUUAAUAGGUGAAAAUUCAGCAUAAAUGAUAACUGUAGAACAUAAAGCUUCAAAUCCACGUGAAAUAGAUAGAAUAAAGUUUUUUUUUUAGAUAAAUAACUUAAUACUUAUAAUUUUUAAAUAAAGAAAAUCUGGAGGAAAUGUUAUUUAUGAUAGAGUUGCAGGAGUUUUGGCUGUAAGUAGAGCUUUUGGGGAUCAUGGUUUAAGUAAUUUUGGAGUUAUUUGUCUACCUGAUUGUAAUAGGAUUGAACUCAGAAUAAUUCAUAAGUAUUUAGUUUUAGCAAGUGAUGGUUUAUGGGAUGUUGUUUAGCCAAAAGAAGUAUUGGAAGUAUCUAAAAUAAAAUCUAAUUGUGAAGAAAUAGCUGCUGAAUUAAUUAAAAGAGCAUUAAAUAAUGGAUCAAGAGAUAAUAUUACUAUAAUGGUUUUAAAAUUAAAUUGA